UUGAGAUUUGAAAUUUAGUCGAAAACAACAAUUUGUUUUGUCUUGAUUUGAUUUUAUUUGAUUUGAUUUGAUUUAGAAUUUAAAUAUAAAAACACUGAUUGCACUAAAAAUAUUAACGCGAAAAAUUUAUUAUUUAUUAUUAAAUAGUGAAUAGUGAAUAAAAUCGUUCCUUCAAAAUGUCCUAUCUUUUACCACAUUUACAAAACGGAUGGCAGGUGGACCAAGCAAUUUUGUCUGAAGAAGAUCGUGUAGUGAUGAUACGUUUUGGACGUGAUUGGGACCCAGCGUGCAUGAAAAUGGACGAAGUCUUGUAUAAAAUUGCCGAAAUAGUUGAAAACUUUGCAAUUACGUACCUGGUGGAUAUUACUGAAGUUCCAGACUUCAACAAAAUGUACGAAUUGUAUGAUCCCUGCACAGUUAUGUUCUUUUUUAGAAACAAGCACAUCAUGAUCGAUUUGGGUACUGGUAACAACAACAAACUAAACUGGGUUCUUGAAGACAAGCAGGAAAUGAUUGAUAUAGUUGAAACAGUUUAUAGAGGUGCGCGUAAAGGUCAUGGUUUGGUGGUUUCGCCGAAAGAUUAUUCCACAAGAUACUGUUAUUAGUGGAAACAUAUACGUAAAACAAAUACGUAUAUUCAAAUAUUACUAUUAACUAAUUAAUUAAUAGCAAAUACUUUUCCCGCUUAAAAUUUGAAAACAAUGUAAUCAAUAUCAGCAUUCAAACCAAUUUCAAGUUCUGAAAUAUUUUAAGUUAGUUGAGUCUUUUGUGUGGACCCAUAAAGAGAAGAAAAGUGAUUGGACACCGUAUGUAAAGGACAUUGACUAGUUAAUUAUUUUAAAUUUAUUUAAAAUGAAAAUCAAUAAUAAAAGUGCCUUUUACUUAAUUCUAUUCUAAC